UUCUAUUUAUUAGGGACUUUUCGUGCGAGGUUUUUCCUUUCUUGUUGAAGAGGAACCAAACCCAACCGUGUUCUCCAAUCUUAUAAUCUUUUGCGUUGCUUGGUAGUUCUUCCAUCUUGUAGGUUCUCUCUUUCUCCCUAUGGUUUUUCAUUCUUCGUUUUGUUCGUUGCACUGCGUGGUUUAUGAAUUGAUUCUAAUCUUUGGAGACACUUUUUUACAUUAAGGUUCUUUUGAUCUCUGUCGGAGUUUUUGCAACAUUCCUUUUAAGGUGUACAUAAGUACAUAAGAGGCUAAGUAAUUUUCAGUAGGACUACAACAUAUGGCUGAGGAGGGUCACAGGGUUACUCUAAAUGUUUAUGACUUGAGCCAAGGACUUGCACGGCAGCUUUCAAUGUCCUUUUUGGGGAAAGCUAUUGAAGGCAUAUGGCACACAGGAAUUGUGGUUUAUGGUGACGAGUAUUACUUUGGUGGGGGCAUCCAACACUGUCCUGCUGGAUCAACACCAUAUGGAACUCCCCUUAAGGUGGUAGAGUUAGGUGUUACGCAUGUUCCCAAAGAUGUCUUCGAAGUGUAUUUGCAGGAAAUCAGUCCACGGUACCUACCUGAAACAUAUAGUCUGCUUACACACAAUUGCAACAACUUCAGCAAUGAGAUUUCUCAAUUUUUGGUUGGUGUGUCCAUUCCUGAAUAUAUUCUUCAGCUCCCUAAUGAGGUCAUGAGCAGUCCAAUGGGAGCUCUUAUAAUGCCUAUGAUACAGAAUUUAGAGACAACACUGAAAUCUGGUGAAGUUCCUCAAGUGCCACAAUUCAAGCCUCCAACUGCUGUGAAUGCUUCGGCUCAGAACGGUUUGAACGGUGGGGUGAACAACGAAGUGAAGGGCAAAGUUGGGAACUCUAAGACCGAGUCACCUUCUUCUGUAAAGCCAGCAGGGGAACCACAGAAGUCAUCACCAAAUGGGGCCACAGCAGAUCCUCUUGGAGAUGCACGCAACAAAGUUCAAGAUGAGAUUGUGAAAGAGUUUGCUGCAAUUAUGGCAACUGGGACAAUGCGUGCCAGUGAGGCUGCAGCUCUAGCCACUAAAAGAGUAAUGCAAAGAUAUGGCCACACUGCCGUGUCACAGAAUUAGCCACUUCUCCUUCAUUAUUUUGACAAUGUGUGGGUCUAGAAUCCUCAUAUAUUAUCACUGCAACAAUUGCAGUGUUUUAUCUCAUUGAUUAUUGUUUUGUAUUGGGAAAAACUUGAUCAACUUACACCAUCUAUUCUAUGAUGAAAUUCUGUUGUUGAUUUCACU